AUGCCCUCCAGGACGCCUAAUUUGUGUCAGCGCUGCGAGGCCAAUAAGGCUGUGAUGCGCAGGCCCAAGAACUUGCAAAAGCUGUGCAAGGAGUGUUUCUUUCAUGUUUUUGAGACAGAAAUUCAUCUCACCAUAGAGAAGGAAAAACUGUUCUAUCCGGGAGAGAAAGUCGCUAUAGGGGCUUCUGGAGGAAAGGAUUCCACAGUUUUGGCUUCCAUACUGAAAACUUUGAACGAAAGGUACAACUAUGGAGUUCAUUUGGUGCUUCUCAGCAUUGAUGAGGGCAUCGUAGGAUAUAGAGACGACUCUCUCGCAACAGUGAGAAGAAACCAACAGCAGUACGAAAUGCCCUUGGAGAUCGUCUCUUAUAAAGACUUGUACAACUGGACGAUGGAUGAGAUUGUUUCAUGUUCAGGGGUGAAGUCAUCAUGUACAUACUGCGGUGUUUUAAGACGGCAGGCUUUGGAUAGAGGAGCAAUGAAACUUGGAAUUAAUCAUGUGGUAACAGGCCACAACGCAGAUGAUAUGGCGGAAACAGUGCUGAUGAACUUACUUAGGGGAGAUACCGCGCGCUUGGAGAGCUCCACCAACAUAACAACAAAGUCCACAGGGUCUCCAAUCAAGAGAUCGAAACCGUUCAAGUACUGCUACCAAAAGGAAAUCGUUCUUUAUGCUCACUACAAGAAACUCGACUAUUUUAGCACAGAAUGUACUUACGCACCAGAAGCAUUUAGGGGAACCGCUAGAGUGCUGAUGAAAAACCUCGAGAGUGUACGGCCGUCCUGCAUUUUGGAUAUCAUUUACUCGGGGGAGCAUUUUAAAUUGAAACAGAGGAAGAAAAGACCAGACGGAUCUGUAUCCUUGCGAAACAACGGAAAUCGUUGCGAAAGAUGCGGAUAUCUGUCCACCAACAAAAUAUGCAAGGCUUGUAUCUUGCUUCAAGGUUUAGAACCAAGCAGGGCAAAGCUGAACAUUGCAGCUGAGACAGGUCCACAAGUGACAGAAGAUAAAAUUCAGCAUAGAUUACAGCAUCUUUCUUUUUAGAACUAUAAAUAAUACGAUUUGCCCGAAACACCCUCGAGUUCCUCUAGUUGAUCAUCGGUGAAAAACUUUGAAUCGAUGUGCCAUGUGUCUUGACGGUUCUUUUUGAACCUAGACAAAACGGUCUUGGCAGUUCUCGAGAUGACACCGUCAUAGCUAGAACACCUUCCUGCCAAUAGCCAGAGAAUAUUCGGCAACCACCUGGGAGGAGGCGAGGUGUAGGGGAAUGCGUUAAGUAAGGCUCCCAAACCUAGAGUGGCGCCGUGGACUAGAUUGAGUUCGUCAGCAGUCAAUUUCUUACCUUUCACACGACGGUGUGUGUUGAUAAUCUUUGUAAACUUGGAAAUGUAGCUAUCAAUCAGUGGUUGCAUCUCAAAAGCCAUCGAACCAUGCACAAUGGCAGAGAACACAGCGGCAGCCUGUUCUUUCACAGAUACAGGACUUGAAUACAGGAAUGAGACAACUUUCUCAACUAGUAGAGCCCGUUGGUCAGAAGUAAUGGUGAGGUACCGGACCGUGUAGUAGCUCUGAACGAUGGUCAACAAAUGCUCUUUCUGCACCAUAUUUGGAUGCUCCAAACCAAAGUCGUUCACAAUCAAAUCAAUAAACAUUUUGGUCUGUUCUUCAUCAUAGCGGAUAGAGGCAAUCAAGAAAUACAUCACAUUUGUAUUGAGAUGCGCCAACUGACAUACAUCUUUCAUAGUAUCGAGUUCAAAGAGAUGAGGCAGAAUGUAGUCUUUGAGGUAUGGAACAAGCAAAACUCCGUACGAGGUCUUCAGAACAUACAGCAGCAGUGUAUGUAGCCCCCGAACAUGAAACAUGUAAUCUGAGUCCACAAUUUCCUGAGUCGACAGACCUUUGAUCGUGGUGCUUAGUUGUUUUACUCUUUCAAGAUAUGAAGUUAGACACUCGUCAAACACAGGAGGCAUUUCAAAGGGUAAAAGGCCCAUUCCAUUUGGAUAUUGAAAAGAUUCUUCCAGCAGUUUCUCUUUAUUGUUGAACGACUUGAUGGAAGUGUAUGAUAAUGCGUCGAAUAGGGUAGCCGCAGAUCUUUCGGAAACAAUUUGGUACGGGUGCGAUAGCGAACCAAAAAAUCUCCGAAUGACCCCGUCAAAGUCAUGGUAGCGGUUCAGAACAGAAGACAUGUACGACUUGAGGAAUCCGAUUCUGGACGAAAUAUUGAACGGGGAAGUGUCACCUGAUAAAGGAACCUCAAAGUCGCAUAUGACAGAUACAACUUUAGGGACCCGACGGCAAUCAAAAUGAGCAGGCAGCCACCAACAAAACACUUUCCAGAUUUUAUGCGUGGACUGGGUAAUCCCGGUCUUAAAAAUCUCAGCUAGCUUUGCCGAAAUUAACUCAUCAGUUUCCUCCAGGUGUUUAGAGUUGUAUUUGUUGGCUAGCAGCAAAGCACAAUACACUUCACUUAGUGCCACAUGGGAUUGUUUCUCCUCUUUGUUGUAGACCUCGUUACAAACUUCAAACCAUUCUGAAUAAUUCAUGUUGGGCGUGUAGCCGUAUGAAGAUAUGAGGAUAAUCAAGUAGAAGAAAUAAACCAGAUCUGGCUGGAACUCUGCGUUUGCUUCUCCUUCGUCCAUGUGCAAUCUCAGAAUAUCCAGGAUCCACUGUUUAGUGACCAAAUCGCCAAAGGCCUUGAUUGUCGCAGAGUCUUGCGGAUUGAGGUUCAAUGAUUCAACAGACUCAUUCUUGACAACUUCCAUUUCAUCAUUCCAGCACAAAGUCGAUAUCCAAAGUUUGUUAUCAAUGAAAAACCUUGGAUCUUUAAAGUUUGACAUUUCCUUGAAAAACUCUUCUGGUCGGUCCAUGCCAAUAAUAUCAGAAACAGCGCAAACGUUAGCCAAACGGAACGAGGGGGAGAAAAAUCGCUUCAAGUCAUAAUUGAUCGCUGCCCGUGUCCGUGUUGCAUCGAGAAUAGAAGAUAGCCAAAGAACGCAGUCUUCGGUGAUUUCUGGAUGAACUCCAUUGAUUGACUUCCCAAGAAGAACAAGAAUCUCUUUGUCCAAAGGAAUCUCAAGGUUGGACUGCACGUCAGCUAGCAGUUCCAAAGCUUUGAGUCUAAAUUUCCAAUGGAGCUCUCCUUGAGAACGCCUGAGCACGGAAAGCUCCAAACGCCUGAGGCGGUCCAUAAUCAAAUGUCUCUUGCGAUCCUUGGCACACCUCAAAGCUUUCACUUGAAGUGAGACUGUUGAAGAGGCCGGCUUUAUUGAAUCAACCAAGCUAUGGUCGAUCAGGCAGACAAUACUUGGAACCAGAAUAUGGUCUUUCAUGGAACCAUAAAGCUUCAUUGCCAACGAGUUGACCUCUGAAUCAUUGACUUCCAACGAACGAGCCAAAAGAUCUUCAUAUUUGGCAAAAUUGUGGAGGCUUCGUUCUGCAAAACCUUUGAACUUCUUAACCAAAAAGAACCUCAUCACAUUUUUGAGCCUCUCUCUGUCCUCAUUUAGCAACGCCACUUCCCACUCUUUGAAAAUUCCAUAAACGAGGUUCGUGCAAUUUAGUAUCUUGUUGAGUGCCGAACCUAGAACCAUGGUAGCAUUUUGCG